CCAAAACAGCUUCCACACACCAGAAAAAGGAACUUGGUUUUGUUCCCUCGCCAUCUGCGUAUUUGGAGCAGUGGGUCGCCGACGGUUCAGCAGGCUGGAGCUGUGCGUGCGUUAACUGGGACUCCCUUUUCCGACACCUCAAAGAUCACCUUGCCAGACUUCAUCGGGAGCUUUUCUGCUUCUUCCCUGGGCAAAGGAUAUUUUUGAGUUUGGGAGCAAGCGCAGGGUUGUGUUCAUCGACAUCUCGACAAAAUGGUGCAAAACAAGAUCACAGAAAUCUCCGGAUUCCACCGCUCUUUCAUGGGACAGAAUCCAUUUGAAACGGACUGCAAUAAAACGGGAUCCUGUCGCCUGAAAUCUGCUUUUAAUUUUGACUGUCCCAGCAGAAGAGACCUGCCUGCCAGCCAGCCUAUCGACAUCCCUGACGCCAAGAAAAGGAACAAGAAGAAAAAGAGGUGCCGUGCCACCGACAGCUUCUCUGGCAGAUUCGAAGAUGUCUAUAUGCUGCAGGAAGAGGUUCUGGGUGAAGGAGCCUGUGCUCGGGUACAGACCUGCAUCAAUGUGAUUACCAACAAGGAGUACGCAGUCAAGAUCAUUGAGAAGAGACCAGGUCACAGCCGCGGGCGCGUGUUCAGGGAGGUGGAGAUGCUCUAUCAGUGCCAGGGUCACAGAAACAUCCUGGAACUGGUAGAGUUCUUUGAGGAGGAAGACAAGUUCUACCUGGUGUUUGAGAAGCUGAGAGGAGGUUCCAUCUUGAGUCAUAUCCACCAGAGACGGCACUUCAACGAGAAGGAAGCGAGCGUAGUGGUGCAGGAAAUCGCUAGCGCCCUCGACUUCCUUCACAACAAAGGAAUGGCCCACAGAGACUUAAAGCCAGAAAACAUACUGUGUGAACAUAAGGACAGGAUCGCCCCUGUUAAAAUCUGUGAUUUUGACCUUGGCAGUGGAAUCAAGCUAAACAGCGACAGCUCCCCCAUCUCUACCCCUGAGCUGCUCACACCGUGCGGCUCUGCGGAGUACAUGGCCCCGGAAGUGGUGGAGGCAUUCAAUGAGGAGGCCACCAUCUACGACAAGCGCUGUGACCUGUGGAGUCUGGGCGUAAUCCUCUACAUCAUGCUGAGCGGCUACCCCCCCUUCGUGGGCCACUGCGGGGGAGACUGUGGCUGGGACAGGGGGGAGCCCUGUCACAACUGCCAGAACAUGCUGUUCGAGAGCAUUCAGGAAGGGAAGUACGAGUUCCCCGAGAAGGACUGGGCUCACAUUUCAUUCAGUGCCAAAGACCUCAUCUCCAAGCUGCUGGUUCGGGACGCCAAGAAGAGGCUGAGUGCCGCCCAGGUGCUGCAACAUCCCUGGGUACAAGGGUGUGCUCCAAAUACCCUACCAACUCCAGUAAUACUUCAGAGGAACAGCAGUGCCAAGGACCUGACGUUCUUCACGGCCGAGGCGAUGGCUGUGAACCGCCAGCUCGCCCAGCACCAGGAGGAGGAGGAGCAGACUAUCCUAAUCACAGCUACCUCAUGCUCCAUGCGCCUCUCCCCUCCCUCCCAGUCCAAACUGGCCAUGAAGAGACAGAGAGCCAGCCUGCUGAAAAGGGGGCCGGUGUCUGCCACAGAACUCCACCAGCUGUUGGCCCCGCUGGUCAUCGUGGGGGACUGCGCGUGACCCCCCGCAGCUCUCAAGAACCCGCCCCUAGCUUCUCCUCCUUCCUCCCUCUGGUUUUUUUCCAGCAGUUUGUUGGUACAGCUGACUCGAACAUGGCUGAUUUUGCAAUGGCUCGGGCGAAAGGGGAAUGUUCUAGCGAGGUUCUCAGACUCCUACACCAAAGGACUACUCUUGCACUGCUUAAGUAUUACAGCUGGUUUCACUGUGAAUUAUGCUGAGAAGCAUUUUAUUUCAAUUGACAGAAAAAAGACAGGAUACCCAGUGUGUGUACUUGUACGAUUAGGCUGUGAUUUGCCAUUUGAAGGCUUUCUGUUCUUUAAGGAAUCGCCCUGUUUGCUAUCCGCGGUGAAAGAACGUGCUGCAAGCAGGAGAAUUCUGCCUCUCCAGAGCGGCUGGAAAACCCUGGCUGUUGUAUCGAAACUCUUUCUGCAGGUCCCUCACUAUUGCUGGUCUUGUUCUAAAGAAAUGCCCUAGCGAUUGGACUAAAGAAUGAAAAUCUUCUGCAGAAAGAGUGAACUAUGCAUGCUUUUUGGAAACAAACAAACAAAAAAAUCAGUUUGGGCCAACCUUUCUACUAAAGCAAAAUACGUAUGAAGUGUUUAUUUAUAUAUAUAUAUUUUUUUUAACUUUGGAUUCGGUAAAACUGCAAUUUUUGUUUUUAUUGUGAUCAGAUUUUUUUUUUUGUUUUUCAAAUUCUAAAAUCAACAUGUCAUCCUUCCGUUCCUUGGUGCUGUCAUUUGUGCUAUGCAGAUAUUUUUCAGUUGCUAGGUUGAUUUGCCCCUCCCCAGCAUAUUCAUGGACAAUUUACAUUAGAAUUGCUGUAUGAAAGCAGUGACACCAUCCAGUUUAAAUAUCCCAGUGGUGCAUUUUGAAACAGCUCAGGUUUGACGGCAGUGCAUUCCUUUCUUGGCUCAAAAAAAAAAAAAAAAAAAACACAUGAUGGGUAAUCUGUGUUCUGGUCCAUUUUGAGUUACAGUUCUGUCUGCAGCUCGCUUGUAAUGUGCAAUCUCAUUGCAGCAACAUGGUGUAUAAUGAAUGCGGCUGUCUGUAAUUCCUGGCAGUGGCAUUAUUUGCAGCCUGACAGUGCCACCUGCUGGAUCUAAAAAGUGUUGUGGCAAAAAUAACGCAAUGAAGCUAUUGGAGCCAGUGUUCCAGUGGUAGAUUCUUUUCAGAUCAGGUGAUGCGUUUUUAGUCAUAAGCUGUAGAACCUAAAGCAAGACUGAUUUUAAAAUAUUUUUUUUUCUUCUUUUUGAGAAACCAUUGGGCAGUAUUUUAUUAUAACACCCAUAUAAAACAAACCCCUCCACCUGUCAGGAUCUGUGCCAUAACAGCCAUGGGCGUAUGAUUCAUUUAAGGGGGUUUUGGGUGUCCGCUACAAAGAUAGCUGGUAUUGGGGUUGCUUUUUGUUUGCUACCUAUUAAGGCCACCUUAAAUUUGGCUUAAGACCUUAAUUCAAGUUUAUAGCACAGCUGUAGUAAAAUUAAUAACCAUCUAUCAGGGUGCGAAUAAUUCUGGUUCAUUACGCCUGAGUGGUGCUAGUCUUGGAUGUUUCUUUGUUCGGUCAUGUAAAGACUUUAUCUGGCUGAGAGGGUUAAUACUGAAUGCUAGCAACAGUCUGUGGGAUGUAAAGUGUGUGUGUGUGUGUAUAAAUAAAUAUGCAGCAUUCCAAAAAAAAUAGCAUUUAAGAUCAGUCUUCCAAGUCAAUGUAGUAGAUGAAAAUGAAUAGAUUUCUUUCUUUUUAUUGUGUAUUUCUUUUUAUAUGCGGAUAACUCCAUAAGCGAGAUUUUCAAAACAUGCCAGAUGUUGUUUUAUAGUUUUCUGUUUUAUUUUAAUUUUUUGUUAUUUUUAAAGCAGGUAUAAUUGUACAGGGUAUAAGGGGGAGGGGGUGCAAGGAAAUAUAUAUUUUAACAUUCAAAUAUUUUGAAUAAGAAUCUGAAAAGGCAACAGCAGAAAAUAAUAGUUUUAUUUUAGAUAGAAAGGUUUGGGUAACACAAAUGUGAUCCAUCUACAAAUCCUUUUCCCCUGGGAAAUUUAAAUUUUCCUAUUGGUUUGUUUUGCAGGCUACUAAGACUUAUCCUGGCUGCCCCUGAUCACAUUGAAGGGUUUAACUAGAGAUGAAUGAGGGGGCUGGUGCUUGAUUUUUUAAGUUGUGAAAUCCCCAUUUUAUUUUAAUGGUUCGUUGCUACCUUUUCAUGAGUUGGGUCUUGUUCAGUAACGACUCUGCUGUCAGAUUUGCUGUAGUCCUUGCUUGCCACCUGGAACAAAGGAAACAAACUUGCCUAGAUCUGCUUACUUAUUUUCGAAAUGAAUGUCGUUAUAAUCCUCCCAACAUUAGUGUGGUACUAAAAGAAUAACACACAAAAACUUUGCCAUUCUCAUGCUGAGGAAGUUGGUAAAAUAGGGCGAUGAUUGUAUCCCUUUUAUAAUUUUUCUUUCUACAGCGCCCUCUUGUGGGUGUUUUGUCUUACACUAAGACUUACUUGAAUUGUAUAUGCAUUUGUUUUUGUGUUUUUUAUUGUAAUUGUAAGCUACAUUGUGCAGAAACAAAGGCACAGUUUGUGUUUUGCAGUCUAGGUUUUUAUUAUUUUUGUGUGUGGAAUCGCAUUGUUCCCUGAUCAGUGUUUCCCAGCACACACGCGCACAAUGAAAGACAGGGUUAGUCAUUCAAGUAUUACAUGAUCUCCUAAAGGGUUAUAUUUGGAGUUUGGCUGAAAACAGCCCUGUAUGAAAAAAAUGAUUAUUCUCCAUAUCAUAACCAUACAGAUAUGAUUUUGCAUUUUAUUUUAUUUU